AUGGCAGCCCGGAAGACAGUUACACGUAGAGCUAGACCCCAAAGGGCAACUAGUAAUGUUUUUGCAAUGUUUGACCAGGCACAAAUUCAGGAAUUUAAAGAAGCUUUUAAUAUGAUUGACCAAAAUCACGAUAAUUUUAUUGAUGAGCAUGAUUUGAAGGAUAUGUUUGCCUCUUUGGGGAAGGAUGUUAGCGAUAAAUUUAUUGAAGAAAUGAUUAAUGAGGCUUCGGGAACGAUUAAUUUUACUAUGUUUUUGACUCUUUUUGGAGAGAAAUUGACUGGGACAGAUCCAGAAGAGGUUAUAAAAAAUGCUUUUCAAUGCUUUGACGAAGACAAUAGCGGGACUAUUUCUGAAGAAAGACUUCGAGAAUUGUUAACUACAAUGGGGGAUCGAUAUACGGAUGAACAGGUUGAUGAACUUUUUCGUGAUGCUCCAAUCAAGAAUGGACGUUUUGAUUAUAUGGAAUUUACUCGAAUGUUGAAACAUGGAACUAAAGAGAAGGAUGAAGAAAAGGCUAAAUAA